AUGGGCUUCGCGACGCCGUCCUGCUUCGCCUCCCUGAGCCCUUACUUGCACCGGCACUACGCCCUCGUCGACGAGAUUGGCGUCGGCGGGUCCGGCUUCGUCCUCAAGGUCCGGCGCCGCAUCGACGGCGAGGUCCUUGCGCUCAAAGUCAUUGCCAAGGACCGCGUGCCGCGGCAGAACCUCGUCCGCACCGGGUCGUGGGGCUUUGUCCCGCACGGCUUUGACGAGCACGAGCACGGCGGCAUCGUCGUCCCGUCCGAGGCGUACGCGCUCAGGCGCCUCCAAGGUCACCGCGGCGUGUGCGGCUACAGUGACUUGUUCGCCGACGAGCUGUUCUACUACCUCGUCAUGGAGUACCACGGCGAGUCGUCGCAGGUCGCCAUCCACGACCACUCGGCGCUUCCCCCAACCCCUCCCAUCUCGCCCUCGUCCGCCUACGCUCCCCUCUCUCGCUCCGCCUCUGAGCAGCGCAGCGACGCACCGGCCUCGUCUAUGCGCCCGCCGCCACCGCCCAUGGUCCGCCGGGCGUCGUCCGACUUGUUCGACUGGGUCGAGCGGCAAGAGCAGUUUUCCGAGGCGCCCGCGCGCUACAUCUUCCACCAGCUCGCCAACACGGCGUGCGACCUCGCGAGCGUCGGCGUCUUGCAUCGAGACUGGAAGGACGAGAACAUCACGACCGACGAAAAGCUCACGGUCAAGCUCGUCGACUUUGGCUCGGUCGUCAUGUUUGACCCGUCAGGCCCGCCGCCGGUGCAAAACGAGAAGCGCUUCUACGGCACUUUUACCUACGCCGCUCCCGAGGUGUUCUCGAACGCGCCGUACCAGAUGCUGCCCGCCGAGGUGUGGAGCCUGGGCGUCCUCCUGCACGUCCUCCUCACGGGCGAGAACCCUCACCGCACACCCGAGGACGCCGUCGCCGGUCGCCGCAUCGCGACACGCACCGUCAUGAGCCCGUUGGCGACCGACCUGCUCAACCGGUGCCUUACGGUCGACGUCGAGUCGAGGAUCAAGCUCGACGAGAUCCGCCAGCACCCGUGGCUCGCCGGGCAGUGGGCCAUCUGACGAGCGAGCCGCCACUUUGUACCACCUCGAGCAUAGACACUUCCUCUCCCUCCAGCAUUGUUGCCAAUCCUAGCCCAUCAUCCUC